UUUGCUUAUCCCUCCCAGGAACACCACUACCACCAUCACCCUACCACAAUGGGCAGCACAGCAGGACUGGGGAGGAGUAGGUGCUCGUGAGCUGGGUCUCCAACUUCUAUCGUCAUGGACUGGAAGACACUACAGGGGCUGCUGAGUGGAGUGAACAAAUACUCCACGGCUUUUGGCCGUAUCUGGCUCUCUGUGGUCUUUGUUUUCCGUGUACUUGUUUAUGUGGUAGCUGCUGAGCGAGUGUGGGGAGAUGAGCAGAAGGAUUUUGACUGCAAUCACCGGCAACCUGGUUGCACCAAUGUUUGCUACGAUCAUUUUUUUCCCAUCUCCCACAUCCGUCUCUGGGCCCUGCAGCUGAUUUUUGUCACCUGUCCAUCUCUGCUCGUCAUCAUGCAUGUGGCCUACCGUGAGGACCGAGAAAGGAAGAACCGGGAAAAAAAUGGAGAAAACUGCCCCAAAUUGUAUAGCAACACUGGAAAGAAACACGGCGGUCUGUGGUGGACUUACCUCCUCACCCUCUUCUUCAAGCUGGGUAUUGAGAUCGUCUUCCUCUAUCUCCUCCACAGAAUAUGGGACAGUUUUGACCUACCACGUCUGGUCAAGUGUGACCUGUCACCUUGCCCCAAUACGAUUGAUUGCUACAUUGCUCGGCCAACUGAGAAGAAGAUUUUCACGUACUUCAUGGUAGGGGCAUCGGCUCUUUGCAUUGUCCUCACCAUGUGUGAGAUCUUCUACCUCAUCUUCAAGAGAAUGGUCCGCUCAAUGCACAAAUGGAAGAAGAACAAAAAAUCCUUGACCUACAGCAAGGCCUCCACUUGUCAGUGCCAUAUGAGGAUGGAACACGGACAGGAUGGGAAAUUAAAGAAUUCCCCCUUAGAAGGCCUUAGAGCUUCUGCUCCUAACCUGACUUUAAUCUGAGGGGGAGAAGAAGCAAAUCCAAAAUGACCCCAUGCCAGGACACAUGAAAUGGGGGAGGGGAAAAGGACUUGAAGUGGAAGCCUUCCACUGAAUCACUAACCAAAUUUUCCACAAGGGAAAGGACCACCAUGAUUGAAGGGGAGCUGAUAAGAGCACUGCCAUGUUUUAUUCAGGUCUUAAGGCAAGGCCAUCUGUUUACAUAUUAUACCUAAGCUAAGCAUGCACACUUAAUAUGCUCUAGCAGACUAUGUUGGUUUGUUCUCCAAACCCUUUUAGAAAGGUUGCAACUUUCUACACACUCAGGUUUAUGCUUUCUACUUUUCUAAACUACUCCAGAAGCUAAGCAAACAUCUGUGUACAAUAUGUUGCGGUCUUUAAAACCUAGGACAGCCAAAAUCUAUGACUCUGCAUUUCUUCCACUGAUUUAUUUCGUUGUUUAUAGAAUUGUUUAUAGAGUUGUAAGAACUGUAUGAGAAGGAGGGGAGUAAAUUAAUUAGGGAAAUUCAGUAAACAUGGAUAAACUAAGUAGAUGUCCUCCCUUCUCUUGCAGGCCACCCAUUCUUUGAAAUGACAAAUGUCCAUGAAAGCUACAAAGCAAGCAAAACAAAUCCCACUGAAAGAUGGUUUUAGUCAAAUUUCCUCUCUUGAAUUUCACUUGGAGGAAAUCCACUAUGGGGUUCAUAUUUGAGGAAUUCCAAGGGAAGGAAAUUUUGGCCGGACAGUCUGCUUACACCAUUCCUACCCCAUUUACAGUUGAGCUUAAUUCUUGAUGACAGUAUCCCCUUUUCAAUAGAAAGUAUUUUCACAAAGUAUUGUUUAUCUACUAAUUUUCUAGUGCCCCUCCCCCCUAAAAAAAGAUAUUGAGUUGGGUUAAAAAAGAAUGAGACAGUAUUUCCUUCCCUAAAGCUUUUUAGAUAAGACAUAGCCUUCUACUCUCUGAAAAUGAGAGAUGUAUUCUGACACGGAAAGCUAAAUUUGGUAUAGAUAGCAAUUCGAAAGCAUGAAAAUGCAAGUAGAUUAAUAGGUACCACUUUGGUGGGAAGGCAACAGCGUUCUGUGUCUCUUUGGUGUUGUGUGUGCCUUUGGCGUAUAGCUACGCUGGCCACAUGACAAGGGAAAAUGUCUUCAGCCAAGAAAGGGAGAUGAGCACCACACCCUAGAGUUGGACACAACUGGACAGGGAAACCUUUAUCUUUAGAAGGGAUGAGGAGGAGAUAAAAAAAGGAGGUAAAAGCAUCCCUGGGGUCUCUUCUUCCUGAAUUUUCUCCUACAUUUUUUUUCGUUAUUUUGAUGAAAGUUUGAUGAGGGAGAUCUUCUAACCAUCUAACUUCCCCAGUUCUCCACCCUUGGUCUCUCAUCCUGUCUGUAACAGAGAACUUCCCACUGAAAUCAAGUUUAAUGAAAUUAUUCUGGAAGGAUUAGUCCAGAGAAAAAGGGAACAUGUCUUAAGAAGAGAAAUGGAAGAAAGCAAUUAGUCGAAAUCAAUGUUUACAGCUCAGUUUAGCCAAAAGGAACAAAUCAAGCAACAGAAGAGAUUUCACGCUUAGCCAAAACAUUUAAGCUAUUUUGAGACAGCUGUGGAUCUUAUGACUAUAGAAUCUUAUGACUACAGAAACUUCUAUAACUAGAUUUGGAGCCUCCUUAAUUGAGUUCCAUGUAGACCCUCUUCCAGGCAGAGCAAGAAUUAAAAUCAUAUUUGAAGUUUUGGUUUGGCUGAUGGUUCUGUUACUGCGGGAAAUAAAAUCCACCAUGGACAAAGA